GGUCCAGGCAAAAGUUCAAGCUCUUUUACGUCUGGCGCUCACCACCGUCGCAACGGCUCUCUGCCCGCCAACAUGGAUGAGCUGUUCGACGUCUUCGACGCCGAUCCGCAGGCUGCUCAGCAGCAGCAGCCCAGACAAUCCAGAAAAAACAAAAAGAGACAGGCCAACGGCGACGUUAAAUCCAACGAUGGCGAGACCCAGCAGCCAGCUCCCGCCGAUGCCACCAUGGCCGACGCGCCUCCACCGCCGCCGGAAGAUGGUGCUGACGACCAGGAGGCGGACGGCGAGGACCAACUCCAAUCGAAGAGAGUGCGACGCGACGAACCCGAGCCUUUGGUGACCGAUACCUUCGAGACGGAACAGUCUCGCGAAGUUGCCGCGUCCGCCGGCCUGCAAGCCCAGAAGGAUGGCACUGCAGUCGUCUUGUCGCAUCAAGUUCGUCACCAAGUUGCGCUUCCUCCCGACUACGACUACACUCCCAUUUCCCAGCACAAGCCUCCGGAGAAGCCAGCUCGCGAGUAUCCUUUCACUCUUGAUCCCUUCCAACAGGUGUCCGUCUACUCGAUCCAGAGGAAUGAGAGUGUUUUGGUGUCGGCCCACACGUCAGCUGGUAAGACGGUCGUCGCAGAAUAUGCGAUUGCGCACUGUCUGAAAAACAACCAAAGAGUCAUCUACACCAGUCCGAUCAAGGCCCUCAGCAACCAGAAGUACAGAGAGUUCACGGCGGAUUUUGGAGAUGUUGGUCUCAUGACCGGCGAUGUCACGAUCAACCCAACGGCAACCUGCUUGGUCAUGACCACGGAAAUUCUGCGGUCCAUGUUGUACAGAGGUUCGGAGAUUAUGCGCGAAGUUGCAUGGGUUAUUUUCGAUGAGGUCCACUACAUGCGAGACAAGUCUCGUGGUGUCGUCUGGGAAGAGACUAUCAUCCUUCUGCCAGACAAGGUUCGUUACGUCUUCCUUUCUGCCACCAUCCCCAACGCUAUGCAAUUCGCCGAGUGGAUCACGAAAACACACAAUCAACCCUGUCACGUCGUCUACACGGAUUUCCGGCCCACGCCUUUGCAGCAUUACUUCUUCCCUGCGGGCGCCGAAGGUAUACAUCUCAUUGUCGACGAGAAAGGUGUCUUCAAAGAGGAGAACUUCCAAAAGGCCAUGACUUCCAUAGCAAACAAGCAAGGAGAUGACCCUGCUGAUGCGCUGGCAAAGCGCAAGGGCAAGGGCAAAGACAAGAAGCUCAACAAGGGCGGCCAGAAAUCAGGACCCACCGACAUCUACAAGAUUGUCAAGAUGAUCAUGAUGAAGAACUACAAUCCGGUUAUCGUCUUCAGCUUCAGCAAGAGGGAAUGCGAGAACCUCGCACUGCAAAUGAGCUCGCUGUCUUUCAACGAUGAUUCGGAGAAGAAUUUGGUCAAAAAGGUGUUUGACAGCGCCAUCGAAUCACUGAGCGAAGCAGAUCGGGAUCUCCCUCAAAUCCAGCACUUGUUGCCGCUUCUGAAGCGCGGAAUUGGUGUACAUCACUCUGGUCUGCUUCCCAUUCUGAAGGAGACUAUCGAAAUUCUGUUCCAGGAAGGCUUGAUUAAGGUCCUCUUCGCUACGGAAACCUUCUCCAUUGGUUUGAACAUGCCUGCUAAGACGGUCGUUUUCACGAGCGUGCGGAAAUUCGAUGGUGUCACUCAGCGCUGGGUCACACCCUCGGAAUUCAUCCAGAUGUCCGGACGUGCAGGGAGACGUGGCCUCGAUGACCGUGGUAUCGUCAUUAUGAUGAUUGACGAGAAGAUGGAGCCUGCUGCUGCAAAGGAGAUUGUGCGUGGUGAGCAAGAUAAGCUCAACUCCGCGUUCUACCUUGGCUACAACAUGAUUCUCAAUCUUAUGCGCGUAGAGGGCAUUUCUCCUGAAUUCAUGUUGGAGCGCUGCUUCUUCCAAUUUCAGAACACCGCCAGUGUUUCCGGCCUUGAGAAGCAACUGAAUGAACUGGAGCACGACAAGUCUUCCCUGGACAUCUCUGAUGAGGCGACUAUCCGGGAGUACUAUGAGCUCCGCCAACAGCUUAACACUUAUACCAAGGACAUGAGGGAUGUCAUCACCCACCCGAACUAUUGCUUGCAAUUCAUGCAGUCUGGUCGCUUGGUGCGCGUCAAGCACAAGGAUUAUGACUUUGGCUGGGGUGCUGUGGUCAACUUCCAAGCUCGCAAGUCUCCAAAGAACCAGAACCAGAAGAGCCCCGAGUUUCCCCCUCAGCAGUCAUACAUUGUUGACGUUUUGAUGCAAGUCGCAAGCGACGCCACCUUUGCGCCGCAGCUUAACCAAGAUUUGCCGCAAGGCGUCAGGCCUCCGGCGCCCGGUGAGAAGGGCAAGAUGGAGGUGGUCCCAAUCAUGCUGUCAUGCAUUGACUCCAUUGGACAUCUCCGCAUCUUCCUUCCUUCUGACCUAAAGUCUGCCGAGCAAAGGAACCAGGUGCGCAAGGCUCUCGAGGAGGUGAAGAAGAGAUUCCCUGAUGGAAUCGCUAUUCUUGAUCCGAUUGAGAAUAUGGGCAUCACGGACGACUCGUUCAAGAAACUACUUCGUAAAAUCGAGGUCUUGGAGUCCCGCCUGUUGUCCAACCCAUUGCACAAUUCUCCGAGGCUGCCUGAUCUGUACAACCAAUAUGCAGGCAAGGUUGAGCUUAACAACAAGAUCAAAGACGUCAAGAAGCAGAUUAGUAAGGCCCUUUCCAUCAUGCAGCUCGACGAACUCAAGGCACGCAAACGUGUCCUCCGUCGUCUCGGAUUCAUCAACGAGGCGGAUGUUGUUCAGAUCAAGGCUCGCGUCGCUUGCCAAAUCAGCACGGGUGACGAACUUGUUCUGAGCGAGUUGCUGUUCAAUGGUUUCUUCAACGAGCUCACUCCCGAGGUGGCGGCGGCCACGCUCAGCUGCUUCAUUUUCGAGGAAAAGAGCAAUGAGACGCCUGCGCUAAAGGAGGAGCUGGCGAAGCCGUACCGCGAGAUCCAGGCGCAGGCGCGGAUUAUCGCAAAGAUAUCCCAGGAGAGUAAGUUAGCGGUCAACGAAGACGACUAUCUCAACGGCUUCAAGUUCCAGCUCAUGGAGGUGGUGUACGCUUGGUCGAAGGGCGCGUCGUUUGCGGACAUUUGCAAGAUGACGGAUGUGUACGAAGGCAGUUUGAUCCGGUUGUUCCGUCGGUUGGAGGAGCUGCUGCGGCAAAUGGCAGACGGUGCAAAGGUCAUGGGCAACACGGAUCUGGAGGAGAAGUUUGCAAAGGCGCUGGAGGCGAUCAGGAGAGACCUGGUUGCGGCCCAGUCGCUGUACCUGUAGGAUGGAUGGAUGGCGGAGGGGUUCUUUUGGGUUGGCGUACUGUAUUGUAGUUAAAAAGCUUUGGCGGGCAUUGCGGUGGCGUUAGGGCAGUCUGCGCGGGCGAGUGGCCAUGGUGUGUUUUAAAAGAGGCAGGGUUGUAGAAGGGCUAGUUCAUGCGUAGUUAAAUGAUGAAGCUUUGAUGGCUGUGGAUAUGCGCUCGGAUUUGCCCGCGGCGUGCCAGC